GCCCAGUAACAUCAGGAACAGUAUGUUCUGCAGUAAAAAGAAGUUGCUUGAAGUGGAACGAGUGGUGAAAGCCAAUGACCGUGGAUAUAAUGAAAAGUUCCAGUAUGCGGAUAAUCGCAUCCACACAUCCAAAUACAACAUUCUUACCUUCUUGCCAGUUAAUCUAUUUGAACAGUUCCAGAGAGUGGCAAAUGCCUAUUUCCUUUUCCUUCUAAUACUGCAGCUAAUUCCAGAAAUCUCCUCCUUGAACUGGUUUACAACCAUUGUGCCUUUGGUCCUGGUAAUAACCAUUACAGCUGUCAAAGAUGCUACUGAUGAUUAUUUUCGCCACAAGAGUGAUAACCAAGUGAAUAACCGGCAUUCAGAAGUGCUCAUUAACAACAAAUUGCAGAAAGAAAAAUGGAUGAAUGUUAAAGUGGGAGACAUCAUUAAAUUAGAAAAUAACCAAUUUGUUGCUGCUGACUUACUUCUUCUAUCAAGCAGUGAGCCACAUGGCCUCUGUUACAUUGAAACUGCUGAGCUUGAUGGGGAAACAAACCUAAAAGUUCGCCAUGCACUUCCAGUUACUUCAGAACUUGGGGAAGAUAUUAGCAGACUUGCAAGUUUUGAUGGGAUUGUUGUCUGCGAGGCUCCUAACAACAAAUUAGACAAAUUCAUGGGAGUCCUCUCUUGGAAGGACAGUAAGCACUCCCUCAGCAACCAGAAGAUAAUCUUGAGAGGCUGCAUCCUGAGAAACACAAGCUGGUGCUUUGGAAUGGUUAUUUUCGCAGGUCCUGACACUAAGUUAAUGCAGAACAGUGGUAAGACAAAGUUUAAGAGAACAAACAUUGACAGAUUGAUGAAUACUCUAGUCCUAUGGAUUUUUGGGUUUCUAGGAUGCUUGGGGAUAAUUCUUGCAAUAGGAAAUUCCAUCUGGGAGAAGGAAGUUGGGGGCCAAUUCAGAACUUUUCUCUUUUGGCAUGAAGGAGAAAAGAACUCUGUGUCCUCAGGAUUCCUAGCAUUCUGGUCGUAUGUCAUUAUUCUCAACACAGUUAUACCCAUUUCAUUAUAUGUCAGUGUGGAAGUAAUUCGUCUGGGUCACAGUUAUUUUAUCAACUGGGAUCAGAAGAUGUAUUACUCUGGGAAAGCAACACCUGCUGAGGCUCGGACAACCACACUUAAUGAGGAGCUAGGCCAGAUUGAAUAUAUUUUCUCUGACAAAACAGGAACCCUCACUCAAAACAUCAUGAGUUUUAAAAAAUGUUCCAUUAAUGGGAGAAUCUAUGGUGAAGUUCAAGAUGACAUGGGCCAUAAGAAAGAAAUAGUGAAGGAAGAAGAACCUUUGGGGUUCUCAGUCAAAUCUCAAGCAGAAAGUACAUUUCAUUUCUUUGAUCACAAUCUGAUGGAAGCCAUUAAUCUGGGAGAUCCCAAAGUACAUGAAUUUCUUAGGUUGCUUGCUCUAUGCCAUACUGUAAUGUCAGAGGAAAAUAGUGCAGGUCAGCUGAUUUACCAAGUUCAAUCACCUGAUGAAGGAGCCCUUGUCACUGCUGCUAGAAAUUUUGGGUUCAUUUUUAAGUCACGGACUCCAGAGACAAUAACAAUUGAAGAACUUGGAACACUUGUUACAUACCAAUUGCUUGCUUUCUUGGAUUUUAACAAUGUCAGAAAAAGGAUGUCUGUCAUAGUUCGAAACCCAGAAGGACAGAUAAAACUGUAUUCCAAAGGAGCAGAUACUAUUUUGUUUGAAAAGCUUCAUCCUUCUAACCAAGACCUUCUGUCUUCCACAUCAGACCAUCUCAAUGAAUUCGCAGGGGAAGGCCUUCGAACCUUGGUGGUUGCUUACAGAGACCUCGAUGACAAGUAUUUUACAGUGUGGCAAAAGAUGCUUGAAGAUGCAAAUACUGCCAUAGAUGAGAAGGAAGAAAGGAUAUCUGUACUGUAUGAAGAAAUUGAAAGAGAUAUGAUGCUACUCGGUGCCACAGCUGUAGAAGAUAAGUUACAAGAAGGUGUCAUUGAAACAGUUACAAGUUUAUCACUAGCCAAUAUUAAGAUCUGGGUUCUAACAGGAGACAAGCAAGAAACUGCUGUCAAUAUCAGCUAUGCCUGCAACGUGAUGACUGAUGACAUGGAUGAUGUCUUUGUGAUAGCAGGGAGCACUGUGGUAGAAGUGAGGGAAGAACUCAGGAAAGCAAGAGAAAAUUUGUUUGGACAAAGAAGGAGUUCUUCCACUGGAGAUGUAGUAUGCAAAAAGAAACAGCAGUUGGAGCUGGGUUCCAUUGAAGAAGAAACCACAACAGGAGAUUAUGCCUUAGUCAUAAAUGGCCACAGCUUGGCCCAUGCCCUAGAAAGUGAUGUCAAGAAUGAUCUCCUGGAGCUGGCCUGUAUGUGUAAGACUGUGGUUUGCUGCAGAGUCACCCCACUCCAGAAAGCCCAAGUAGUGGAGCUGGUGAAAAAGCACAGAAAUGCUGUGACUUUAGCCAUUGGUGAUGGAGCUAAUGAUGUCAGCAUGAUUAAAAGUGCUCACAUUGGCGUUGGUAUCAGUGGCCAGGAAGGAAUGCAAGCAGUCUUAGCCAGUGAUUACUCAUUUGCUCAAUUUAAAUAUCUCCAAAGGCUUCUUCUUGUUCAUGGAAGGUGGUCCUAUUUCAGAAUGUGCAAGUUCUUGUGCUAUUUCUUCUACAAGAAUUUUGCCUUUACAUUUGUGCAUUUCUGGUUUGGCUUCUUCUGUGGUUUCUCAGCCCAGACUGUUUAUGACCAGUGGUUCAUCACUCUUUUUAACAUUGUGUACACAUCUUUACCUGUUUUGGCCAUGGGGAUUUUUGACCAGGAUGUGAAUGAUAAGAAUAGCAUAGACUAUCCCCGGCUCUAUGAACCUGGACAGCUGAAUCUACUUUUUAACAAGCGUAGAUUUUUCAUCUGUGUGGCACAUGGCAUCUACACUUCAUUAGUCCUUUUUGUCAUUCCCUACGGGGCCUUUUACAACACGGCUGGAGAAGACGGGCAGCACAUUGCUGAUUACCAGACCUUUGCAGUGACUAUGGCCACAUCUUUGGUCAUUGUGGUCAGUGUACAGGUAGCUUUGGAUACCAGUUAUUGGACUGUCAUUAAUCAUGUCUUUAUCUGGGGAAGCAUCACUGUGUAUUUUUCCAUUUUAUUUACAAUGCACAGUAACGGCAUCUUUGGCAUAUUCCCGGACCAGUUCCCAUUUGUUGGAAAUGCACAAUAUUCCCUGGGGCAGAAGUGCAUCUGGCUUGUUAUUCUUUUAACAACAGUGGCUUCAGUUAUACCAGUGAUAGUGUUCCGAGUUUUGAACAUGGAUUUAUAUCCAACUCUGAGUGAUCAGCUCCGCCGGUGGCAGAAGGCUCAGAGAAGGGCAAGGCCCACAAGUUGCCGAAGGCCUCAGACCCGAAGGUCAAGCUCAAGAAGAUCUGGAUAUGCUUUUGCUCACCAAGAGGGCUAUGGAGAGCUUAUCACAUCUGGAAAAAAUAUGCGAGCUCAAAAUCCACCCCCAACAUCAGGGCUGGAAAAGACGCUUCGUAAUAAUGCUAGCUGGAUUUGUAGGGAAACCAGAGGCACCAUGAGCAGCUUUAGUCAGGUUAAAACAAUGAAAGUGUGAGUCAAGAUGAACA